CCUCCUCUCCCCUUCCACUAAGAGCGGAGCGGGCGCCGACGCAGCCCAGACCCUCCGGACCCAGUCGACCUCGACCAUGGCCGUCACCGCGCCGCUGCGAGACUGCCAGGCAUGGAAGGAUGCCGGACUCCCCCUCAGCACUUCCAGCAAUGAAGCCUGCAAGCUGUUUGACGCCACCCUGACCCAGUGUGUAAAGUGGACCAAUGACAAGAGUCUCGGGGGCAUCGAGGGCUGCCUGUCGAAGCUCAACGCCGCAGACCCGGCCUUCGUCAUGGGCCAUGUCCUCUCUAACGGCCUCGUGCUCCUGGGCACCGGGACCUCGGUGAAGCUGAACCCAGAGCUGGGCCUGGCCGUGAGCAAGAUGGCGGAGAUGUCCAAGGCGCAGCCGCUGACCCCGCGGGAGCAGCUGCACGUGUCUGCGGUGGAGACGCUGGCCAAGGGGAACUUCUCCAAAGCCAGCGACCUAUGGGAGCAGAUUCUCCGAGACCAUCCGACAGAUAUGUUGGCCCUGAAGUUUGCCCACGAUGCCUAUUUUUACCUGGGCUACCAGGAGCAGAUGCGGGAUUCUGUUGCUCGCGUCUUCCCCUUCUGGACACCCGACAUUCCCCUUAGCAACUACGUGAAAGGCAUGUAUUCUUUUGGAUUGAUGGAAACAAACUUCUACAGUGAGGCAGAAAAACUGGCCAAAGAGGCACUGUCGGUGACCCCUUCGGACGCGUGGUCCGUGCAUACCAUGGCUCACAUCUACGAGAUGAGAGGGGAUGUGAAGAACGGGCUGGAGUUCAUGCAGGGCUCCGAGGCCCAGUGGAAGAGCUCCGACAUGCUUGCCUGCCAUAACUACUGGCACUGGGCCUUGUACUUCGUUGAGAAGGGUGAAUAUGAGGCUGCGCUGACCAUUUAUGACAACCAUAUCCUUCCCAGCCUGAAGGCCAGCGGUACGAUGUUGGACGUGGUGGACAGCUGCUCCAUGCUCUACCGCCUUCAGAUGGAAGGGGUGCCGGUGGGCCAGCGGUGGCAGGAUGUGCUGCCCGUGACCCGGAAGCACAACCGGGACCACGCUCUGCUCUUCAACGACGCACACAUCCUGAUGUCCUCCUUGGGGGCCGGGGACGCCCGGACCACAGAGGAGCUGCUGACCACCCUGAAGGAGGCCAGCGGGGCCCCGGGGGAAAACUGCCAGCACUUGCUGGCCCGGGACGUGGGGCUGCCCCUGUGCCAGGCCCUGGUGGAGACGGAGAGCGGGAACCCGGACCGCGCCCUGGAGCUCCUGCUGCCCAUCCGCUACCGCCUCGUCGAGAUCGGCGGCAGCAACGCCCAGAGAGACGUCUUCAACCAGCUCCUGAUUCACGCAGCCCUCAACUGCACGUCCAGUGCCAAUAAGAACGUGGCCCGGAGUCUUCUGAUGGAGCGCGAUGCCCUGAAGCCCAACUCACCACUGACCGAGAGGCUCAUCCGCAAAGCGAAGGCCAUCCACCUCAUGUCCUGACGGGACCGCGUCGGGGCCGCGCCUCGGCCUCCCCCGCGUUCCUCCCGCUUCCCGCUGGAUCAGGGUUAGGAGACAGCUGGGGCUACUUGCUAGAGUUGCUAGAGGGGAAAAUUCAGCCUUAAACUGAUCUAAAAUACGAUUCUGAAAU